UUCUUCAUUUGUCUGCAGGAUCUUGCUGAUUUGUUUAGUUCAAGCAGAGCAUGUGCGUUGUUUGUGGGCUACACAAGCUCGGGGACAAAACGGCAACACGCAUGUUGGCUUCUCUGGGCAGAGGGGUGGACUUGGUGGCAGCGAUCCCCAGAAUCAACUCAGACAUGCCUCUGGUUCUCCUGGCUCAGCCCAGAGCAGUAGCUUCAACACAGUCCCUGUAGUUAGUGGUGGUUAUAGCCAGAGAUUUCCCAGUAGCCGCUCCACGCAAACUGUUUCACAGCUGGCUAAAAGUGUCUUUGCUUCAGGCAAGUUGGUGCAGAGCAGCUCUGAGUCAAAGCCCAACUGGCAACCGACCAGGUGGAGUCAGGGAACUGUUCAAAAGAUGCCCAAGAAGAAGCCGUUUGCCUUUUCUGGUUCUAUCGCUGGUGGCAGUUCUCUCAGCAAGUACGAUAAGACUCCGAUUAGCGAGAAGAGAACUCGGCCAGUUCAGCAGGGAACACCAAGUAGGAGCAGCUAUCGGUCCAGCAGUCCUGCUUCUCUUCAGAGUCCCAGAGGAAGCUUCAAGUCUUCAGCUGUUCCUGAAACACCAGCCUCCUCUGGGAGGAAAGGUUCUUCUACGUCUACGAAGUCUUCCAGCCAGUCCAGAGCAGGUGCUGCUGUGUCACGAAGAAUCCCUGUUCGCACCAAGACCUCAGCCAGUGUCGCUGCUAGGAGAGUGUCUUCACGUCGUAGAACCAAACUGAGAAAUAAGCCCAGCCCGACUCGGGCUGUGAACCCAAGCCAGCUGGUUCCUGUGAGUGUGAGUAACCUCCCUUCCUCCUGGACCAGCAGUACGGGGCCCUCGGGUCAGGGGUUCGCUCCGUCCAGAACCUACAACAUCCCUCAGAGCUUUGGUGGCUUCGCCAUCAGACGGCUGAAAGAACCUGCUGACCAGAAGGAAGUGAAUGUUGGGAAGCCACAGCAGGUCUACGGGGCCCAGCAGGCCCCUGCUGCUGUGAAGCCCGCCCAAGUGGCCCCCCAGAGGUCUAUGCGGCCCCCCAGAGGCCUCUUGCCCCUCUGCAUCCUUCAAGCCACAGGUCCUGAGUGUCCGUCCGGAGGCCAGUUGGAAGAGGUUCGGGCCCCCUGGGGGACGGUAGCAGGUGCAGCAGGAGUUCUGGGAUGA